UUCGUCUGUCGGGUUAGGUUUAGGGUUCGGGUCAAGAGAUUCAGAUGUGUGAUAAUGUUCUGUAAUGUUCUGUUCGAUGUACAGAGUCGACAACCCGCGUUUGACUUGAGCGUUCGAUAACGUUUCCAGCUUUUCUAGCCAAUCAGAGGCGAAGGAGGCGGGACUUUCCCCUACCAUCCUACAAAAAAAUAUCACCCCGGCCGGAGCUGACAGAGGGCGCAUAUAGAUCACAUCCGGGGCUGGUUUAUUCUAAUAACGAAACGUCCAACCCGGAAAAAAGACAAGUCUUCAGUAAUCCGAGCACACAAAUAAACAGACAGGAGGGCGAGAGUGUGCUGCACGUGGGCCUCGUUAAGUUAGACAGUUUGUAAAAGUUGUUGAGAUAUCGUUUGACAUGCUCGGUACUCCUCAAACUCUCCGGCUCUCUCCUCUCUGCUUCGUAGCCGCGCUGGGCGCUGGCUGUGGCGCACACUGACUCCCUGCACAGUGGGUAAGUAGUCUACACAGUCCACAGUGGCACUUUGUGUGAGUUUGUGUUGCAUGUAUAUAUAUAUAUCAUACGUAUAUAUAUGUAUGUGUGUGUUUGUCUGUGUUUGUGUCCGUGUGUAUGUCUGUGUGUGCAGUGCAGUAGGUGUGGCGGGCUGCUGAGUCAGUGCAGGUCAUCUGAGCUGAACAAAUGUCUGUCAGGUGUAGCUGAGUAAUUGUUCCAGAUCACACUUCAACUUUUCUCUGCACGCUCAUGAUCACGUUGUACGUGCACGCUCGUGAUGUCCACACUGGUCACUCUGCGGCACAUCAAGCUGGCGCCUGAUGUGCUCCUGAGAGGGGAUCCAGCUGUCACGACAAGCAGUAAAGAUGUUGGUGAAAAACAGUCCAGUCUAGUAAAUGUUAGACAAAAUGCCCGUCACACUGGUACAGAGUGAGAUAUAGGUAACCUCUACAGGUGGUUUGUUUUGUCCUCCAAACUGUCAAACACCCCAAGUAGGGGAGAGUGGGGUAAGUUGAGCCACCCCCUGUUGCUUGGAAAUGGUCAAAGAAAUUGACCAUGUGACCAAAUAUUUAGGAGAUGGGCAUUAAUUCAUGGAGUUUGUGAAGGUUAGAAGCACAUGGGUGAAGGGGUUAGACAUUUAUUUACAAAAAAAAAAAAAAUUCACUCUUGAAAGUGAAUUUAGUCUGUCAUAAGUUUUAUUAGAAUUGUGUUCAGACCAAAAAAAAUCAUUUUAAAUUUGUUUUAUACAUCAAUUGUGGUAUUUAUGAGCUGCAACAUGAGGUCAAAAACCUAAUAUAAAAGUCCACCAUUUUAGCUUAGAGGACUAAUGAAUUCAUCAUAGUAGUUCUGGGGUAAGUUGAGCCAUUUUGCCCAACUGAGAAAGUAAAGGAGUCUGAUGAGAGGAUCAGAGUUUCAGUUCAGAUUGUUGAAAUGUGUUACUUUUUCUGUUCAAGAAUAAAGCUGUGAAUGUUCUGAAUCACUUAAAGGCAUUCUCGUGUUAAAAUGUUUUUUUUUUACGAAACAACUUUUUAGCAGUUAAAUGCAAUAUUUAUAAAAAGGAUCAUUGUACCAGAUGAAUAGCUGUCAUUCUGUUAGUUUGCAGGGUGUCAAAACAUCUUCAAAUAUAUGCAGAUACACUAGUUAGAGACGAAAUAAUGAUUGCUUUGAUAUAUUGAUCCGAAAUAUGAAAAAUGGCUCCUCUUACCCACUCUCCUCUAUUCAUUUAUGUCUUCAAUAGCCCAUUGAGAUCGAAAACUUGAGCAAUGUGCCACUUAAAAUGUCAUUUAUCCAAAUUUCAGAGGUCAUUAUUGUAUUUUUUUCAUCCCGCUGAAUUUGUUUCAUAGCUACAACUGCUUCACACUUUUUAACUAAGGUGGACAGCAGACCUCUGUGUUUCCCUCUGUGAAGGGUCAAUAGACCCUCUUAUUAUAAUGCAACCCUUUUUCAAUAAUAUCUUUAAAAUAUAAAAAAGCUUUGAAUUGAUACAGAUCAUUUAACCUUCUAACCAACUUUUAACUAUGUUUUAUGAUGAAACUUAAAGCUCUCCGAAAAAGGAGGUGUUUUUGACUCCUUGUUGGACCAAUCAGUACCAAUUCGGUCUUCCCUGAGUUUAUCCUCUAGCUACAUGUGUAAAACGGGUUUAUCACAAAAAUUCACUCUGAUUUAUUGUAACUGUCAAAUGUAUCACUCAUUGAGAGUUUUUACCUCGCAAACUGUGAAAAAAAAAAAAAAAAAAGGCUGUUUCAGCAGCGUACUUUUUCUCACUUCAACUGACACCCAUCACCCCCAUCCAGUAGACAGUGUGAAUGACUUAAUGAAAAUAGCCAAUCUGCAUUUUGAUGGUCCUGUUUGCUGCCGUAGCCGAUAAAGAGGAGUUAAUAUUAAUAUCUUUGUUUUUUUAAAACAGCUAAAAACUCUUGACAGAAGCUUGAAAGUUCUUAGAUUUUUAUACAUGUGGCUCUAACUAUUAAUUAAAACUCAAGAUGAAAAUAAACCAAGCACAAACUGCAACUGUAUAUAUACACAUAUGUGUAUGUAUAUACAGUAUAUAUAUAUAUAUAUAUAUAUAUAUAUAUAUUAGUCACCAUUAAGUUCGCAGUCCCCCAACAUGUGUCAGAGGCAACCAAAAUCUGAGAGUCAGCCACAUGAUAACCUACUUCGGUUUGGGUUUUACAGCCACGAGAAACGCAGAUUCACAACAGCCUCUAACCCUGUCACUUGAAAUCUUUUGUACAUUAUACUUGGUGACAAAAGAGUAUUAGUAAUUUAUUUUCAAUCUAAAUUUUAAAUAUUGCCACUUAAUUUUUUUAGACCUAAACUUAUAUUUACCUUUUUUUUCAAACUGUAGAAGUUUUUUCUCAUAAUAGAGCAUCCUUAUUCUCAUGUUGAGAUCAUACCAAAAGUUCAAACAAAGCCAGCGUUGUGCAGAUCCAGACAGAUGUGCCAAAAAAUUUGUUCGGUCAUGCCCACACAGGUGACCUAAACCGCCAGAACUUUCAAGUCAUUAAUUCUUAAUAUCAUCAUUAAUAGUAAUUAUGAUAUUAUGUAUUUAUCAUGUCAGCCAUGUGUAUCUUUGUUCACUAUUUUGUGCAUACUUAUACAAACUCGCAGCUUUGUUUUAGUAUUUGCACGUUUACAGUUGAAAGCCAAAUUUCUGAGCCUGCAAUUAAUAACAAGGACUUCAUGUUACAAAAAGAGGGACCCACAAAGUGUGGGAUUUAGCCUCGAAGGAGAUGUAUUCAAAGUUAAGAAAACCAGUUCAGCUUUGAUUUCUUGCUGUUCUGGUUUUCUUGGUUCACUGUGGUGCUCAAACUUUAAGAGUUCAUACACUACCACUGGCAACAACCUCAUGAAAAGAAGAAGCUGAACUGUUGGUCUAGUAAAGCAGAUGUGCAGACUGAGUGUGGGUGUGUUUUACCUCACCGGCCUCAAUGUGUUAAAACACAAUGAUACCACUGCUGUGAUCUGAACACGUUGUACAGACCUCUUCUCUCUGUGUCAUCUUGUUAAGAGAGGAAAAUUUUUUAAAGUCUGUUUACAAAUGUGUCUUUAAAGUUUUGUCGGACAUGUAAGAUCCUCUCUGCUGCUUUUGUAUGUCAUUGUGGAAACAUUUUUUCUCUCGUACCCAAAUUUGUGUGUUUGUGUAUGUGAGCGUGCAUGUGCGUGUGUGGGUUGUGCAGUUGCAGCUUUGGUAUCUGCGUGACUUCUGUGGCAUUAUUUCACUUUUCCAUUACACCCAGAGUUUCUACAAAAAAGACUUUGAAGUGCUUACACUUUUGACCUGCUUAAAUGGCAAAUUAAAAAAACGCUGUUCGAGUGACAGAGUCUAAAUCAUCCCACUGAUUUUUCAAAGGUGUUUCAAAUGGAACUUUUUCAUCACCAUAUACUUUAGAAGAGUUUUACAGGAGAUUAACCAGCAUAGUGAAUAUGCAGCUAAGUAUUGUGUCUCUUUUUAAUUUUGUCAGAUUACAUAAAUUAGUGUUUAAUGGAAACUUUGACUGGUUUUAUCUCUGUAAAAACCGGACAGUCCUUUUAAAUACAAUAGCAGAAGGUCCAGAAGGUCACUUAUAUUAUGACUUCUGUACCUAUUAAAUACAAUCAUCCACAGAUGUGGCCUAGUUGACUAACAUGUUACCUUUGUAGCUGCUUGUCCUUUUAAUAAAUUUAGUGACAGCAACAUGCAUGGACAUGUCAGAAGGAAGAUUUGACCUCUGAUAAAACAACAGCAGAAACAACAGGCCACAGACUGAAGCUUCUCAAAGAAAGACAAAAUAUUAAGGAGUGCUCUCAAACUGCCAGAAGUCUUCUGACUGACUCCCCCACUCCCCAGAGGAAAGAGAAGUCUUUAUGUCAUGCACAGAUGUCCACCGUUGAUAAACUUCCCUAUUUCCUAUCGAAUUUGAGUUUAUUAGCUAAAGGAGUCUUGAUUUUUGUUGAGGAAUCAGUCAGUCAGUAGCUCGGUGAUUCACAUGCCGGGCAUCAUCUUAAUGGAUACAUUCUCCCUUUGUCCUUGUCUCUCCUCUCCUCUCCGCUCCUCUCAACUUCUUCCUCUUCUCUCCUCUUCUUCUUUGCUACUUCUUCCUCUCCUCUCCUCUUCCUCUCUCUUCUCUGGCCAGUGGAAAUGUGCGUGUGUGCAGAUCUUGAGUGCAGUCUGUAAUUUUUGGCUGUGGUGGAGGGCCCCAGCUCAGCCUCAGGCUUCAGGGUUUGUUGCUCAGCCUCAAUCACGUCACAUGAAAAACUGCUGAGUGCGAGUGGGUCUCUGUCUUCCUGUGUGUGUGUGUGCGUGUGUGUUUUUGUGUGUGUGUGCGAGUGUGUGUGUGAGCAUGCGUGUGUAUUUGAACAGUAAAUGAGAGAUAGUUUAUACUCCACAUCUGCCUGUUUCUGCCUCUGUCUACUUCUGUUACUCUGUGCGUUUCCCCUCUUAUUAUCUGUCUGACUCUAGUAUCUGUCUGUUUGUCUCUGUGUCUCAGUGAUAUGUGAUAGUAGCAGUAUGCCAUAUGUGGACCGGCUCAACCGUGUGUGCGGCUUCCUGGACAUCGAGGAGAAGGAGAACAGCUGCCGCUUCCAGCGGCGAUACUUUAUCCUGGACACGCAGGGAAAUGCUCUGCUGUGGUACAUGGACAACCCUCAGGUACUCAAACACGCAUGCCACACUCUUUGCACAAACAGUGAGAAGAAGUGAAAUCAACCAAUCAAAGGUGUGUAACCUUGGACUCUGAGCCAAUGAUGGGUCUGUGUGUUUGUGUUUGCAUGCAGAACCUGCCCAGUGGAGCCAGCUUUGUUGGCAGCCUAAAACUAACCUACAUCUCUAAGGUAAACAGAGCUCCUAAUCGCCUGUGGCUUCACCUGGCUGUGGGUUGUAGUUACAUAACGUCCCUAGAACUAAAUACAUACAUACACUCAUACAUUACAUGCUUGUCUGAGCAGUGUGGACACAAACAGGAUACACACUGAUCUGUAGUUGUAGUCAAGGGUCACAUGCAAAGGCAGACUUAGUGAAGUUUUCCAGAUGUCAGCGCUCACUGAGCUAACCAGAGAUAAUGACAUCUGGCUAGAGUGCUGACAGCUCCUCCCUGGAUACUCUGACUCAAAGAGACGUCAAAGAUAUGAAAUGUUUAUCCUAUCCUCAUCAUGUCUCCUUCCCUUUCUUUCCUUUUGCUUCUCUCCUCUGUUCUCCUCUUCUCCUUUAGGUAAAUGAAGCUACAGCAAAGCAAAAGCCCAAGACAGAGUUCUGCUUUGGUAAGAUCAUUUUCCAAGAAGCACUUAGUCAAGCUUGUGUUAGUCAAUAGCUUUGAUUUAAUCAAUCUAGUAACAGUGUACAAUACAGGUAUUGUGAAUAUUUAAAGUAUCAGUGUUUAUUUUUGCAGUCAUCAAUGCAGUGUCCCGAAGAUACUUUCUCCAAGCUAAUGAUGUGACUGACAUGAAAGAAUGGGUGGCUGCUCUCAACAAGGCCAGCAAGAUCACUGUAAGUGCACACACACACACACACACACAUGCACACACGCACACUAAGGGGCUCAAACAUAUUAUUAUAUUAUAUUAUAACAUGGUGUCUUGGCCGUAGCAGCAGUUAUUGAUAAGGUAUUAGUUUUCGUCAGAGUGCAGGAAGCUGCCGUUUGUGGUGCAAUUGUAUCUUGAGGAUACAAAUGCCAGCACCAAAACCCCCUGAUACACUCUUUGAAUGAGGAAAUUGUGCGUGAAUGUGACCAAUUACGCACACACAUAUGUCACUGUGGUGCAGGUGUUAAAAACUCCAGUUCGUGUUUGUCGCCAUGGACGCUGAGUUUGCGCAUUUGCAUAGUGUUUGUGUGUGCGUUUGGUGGUGGGUUGACCAUGGCUGUUAACUGAAAACAUCCAGAUGUUUUGUCUGACAGCAGACAACGGUGAGGAGUGUUUCUCUUUUUCUCUCACCUGCUCAUAGACACAGGAAGCUGCACUGCUCACACUCUUUCACUUCCUCUUUGAUUGGAGGGCUGCCUUUUCUAAGCGUCUUAGAGAAAAUAAAGUGAUAUACAAGGCACGAGAUGAAUAAAACUAAGUGAUGCAUUUCACAAAGAAGUGUGAGUUUUCUUACCCUGAACAAUUAUGGACAUUGUCGUAAUGUAAUGUAUUUUAUGAGGGUAUUUUUAAUGAACUUACACAGUAGACCUUUGGAAACCUUCAAAAAGAUCAUGUGCAGCUUUUUCCUUCAGAUUUAAGUAUGCAUCCUUCAGUUGUCUGCUGUUUGGACUGCCCCUUUGUUCUUAAACCAACAGUAAAAAGUCCUCCCAAAAGAAUGAAAAAGUCUCAGAUUGCAUAGGGCUACUUUGGGUUAAGUCACACACCCUUGUACAGAGGCUAUAGUCCUCAUGCAUGCAGCCUAGGUUUAAUUCCACAAGGGUUGAUAAACUUUACAAGACUCUGUGUGUGCAAAAAGUACAUAUAUCUUGAAGCAAAUGUCAAGUUUUCGUAACUGCUAACCCUUCAGUAAACUGUACCCAAUGCUCUCCACUUAAUAAUGUUACUGUAGUUAAUCUAUUCCUGUUAUUCCUGUGGUGACAGGUUCCCAAGUCUGGCCCUGCCCCCUCAAGGUCCGAUGUGACAGCAGUAAUUAGUGACACUCAGGGAGGAAGGAAACAGCAGGCGUAUAAGGCGGAAAUCAUCGGUGGAGUGGUGGUUCACACUCCAAUCCAGGUAACACAAAGGGACAUAAAAUUAACCGUGAAGCAUUCAGGAGCAUCGUUUUUCUCUGUGACAUUCAGAAAAUCUGAUUAAAGCUCGUCCUCACCCUCUUAAACCACUGCUUGUGUAAUCUGCCAUAUUUUUAGGGUGUUGUUUUUAUGACUGCGAUAAGUGAGAUGGUUGUGCUGCAAUGUUUCAGAAUGACAGUGAAGACACAGAGGGGAGAGAGAGGAAGGGCAGCAGGCCCGGCGUGCUGAGGUGUGGUUACUGUGUCAAACAGGGAAAUGUGGUAAGUGCCCGUCACAGUAUUACUGAUUAACUGCACGUAGGAAUAAAAAAAAAAAAGAGCCUCAUGUGGAAACUGUAAUGUGUUUCGUGUGUGUGUGUUUUAGAGAAAGAGCUGGAAGAGGAGGUUUUUUACCCUUGAUGACAAUGCAGUUAGUUAUUACAAGUCUGAGUCGGUGAGGAGCCAAACUUUUUUGUUUUUUCUCUCUUUUGGUGUGACUGUGGUCUUUGUUUCUCCAUGGCUAAACUGUGCCCGUGUUUUUCCCAGGAUAAGGAGCCACUCCGUGCCAUUCCGCUGAGAGACAUUCAGAAGGUCCACGAAUGUCUUGUUAAGUCAGGGUGAGUCUAGUAUGAAGCACUGGGUCAAAUUCUUCCACUUUCUCUCCAGCUAAGCUUCUCUUUGGCAACAUACAAACAAGAAACUAACCCGAGGGUGUCAGUAUUUAAUGUCCAGAUUUUCAAGAUUUAUGUUCAUGCUAGAAAAAGUUUCUUUGUUCUUUUGACCUUAGAUUAUGUUGAAUUAUUUUGACCAUUUGACCUAGAAAUUUAUAUGAAUUUAAUGAUAAUAUGGCAUUAAGCUUUCAGAUUCUGUGUAUCAUCUUUAUUUUUUGAUAUUUCAAUUUUUAUUGUUUUCCUCAUUUAUUCUAAAGACACUGAACUCUUGGAGCUAGUUUUUCAGCAUUUUUUAGUAAAAAGGACAACUUUUUUAAUUCCAAAAUAUUUUUAGUGAAAAAUUACAAUAAGAUAUUUCCAAUUGCUGGAAUACAAUUAUCUUUUUCUUAUUUUUUUAUACAUACAGUAUAUGCACAUGUAAACAGUCACAUAUACACAUACAUAAAUGAAACACUGAUAAAAUAGUAGAGGAAAAAUAAUGACAGUGCAGUCGAUAAAAAACAAAAAAAAAAGAAAAGAAAAACAAAAUAGUGAACAGCCCCCUACCCAUGCCCCAACUCAGUUCAUCACAACCAACACACAUGUUAUUGGUCAUUUGUGCAAUAUGAAAUACACCACAGUAAUAGGCAGAAAUUCAAUCAGGUAGUACCUCUAAUUUAGUGAAGUAGGAAGAAAAGGGUUGCCAUUUGUGAACAAAUUUGACUGUAUGUUCAAUUUUCUCUAGCUUUAAAAAAAACAUGAUGUCUUUAAGCCACCAGGAAAUAGAAGGAUAUUUAACAGACUUCCAGUGUAACAAUAAUAAACAUCUUGCAAGUAAGGAUGUGAAAGCUAUAAUAUCCUUUUGUGUAGAGUUGAGUGCAAGUGAGGGGUUAGGAAUCCAAAUAUAGCAAUCGGAGGGCAAGGUUUGAGAUUUACACCAAGAACAGUCAACAUACAGAAAUCUCUCAGACCAGGGCAAAGAAAAAACAUGUGACUGAGGUGACAAGGAGAACCAUGGCAUUUAUCACAUUUGUCUUCCACUUCCGGAUGUAGUACAGACAGUCUAGACUUGGAGAAAUGCACCCUGUGUAAGACCUAAAAUUGAAUAAGUCUAAGACAUGCACAAGAGGUGGUAGAUUUUACCCUCUCUAUGGCUUGUUCCCAGGACUCCUCAUGUAUUUGUAUUCCCAGUUCCCAGUCAUAUUGUACAACUUUGAAGUGAUUCCUCUAUGAUAAGGAUUAAAUGAUAACAUUGUUUCCCAUUGCUGUUCUGGCAGUAAAGAGGGGAGAUAAGGGAAACGCUAAGUGACAAAACUGCGAGUUUGAAAAUAGCGAAAUAGUUGACUAACAGGGAGGCCGUAGUGAGACGACAAGUUGGCAAAGCUAUCAGUAAAAAGGACAACUUAACAUUACUAUACAACUUGUUUCUGUGUAAGUAUUGGAAACUUACACAGAAACUGCAGUUUUGAGCCCCAGCAUUUCUCAGUUGCAUUUUUGCAGUUCAUGUGAACAAAGAGGUAGUCUUGAUUUUAAAAGUUUGCGUGAUAUUUGCAUGAAUAUUAGGGGUGGGAAUCGCUAGUGGCCUCACGAUACACUAUCGUCACAAUACUUACGAUAUUAUUCCAAUUUGUAACAUUUUGCAGUACACUUAAUAUUGCGAUUUAUACAAUUUUUUUUAAAAGUGUUUAGCUAAUUCAGCAUUCCUCUUUCCUAUUUGUUUGUCUUAUUUACGUUGUAUUUUAGUUUCAUGUAGCACAUCUUGCUAACCUCAUAUAUAUUUGUUGUAAUAACUUUCUCCUGCUCUAUAAUGUCACCUCUGCCAACCUCACUGGACAAACAGUUGAUUUUAUUUUUCCUUUAUCAUAGAUUUGACUUCAUAUAAGCAAUUAAUUUGAAAAAUCGAUACUUGGUAAAUGAGACAAUACAAUAUAUCACCAGACAAAAUAUCACGAUACUAUGCUGUAUCGAUUUUUUCUCCCAACCCUAAUGAUUAUCAUACAUACGGUACAUACAUACAUCAGCAUUUUUCUGUUUAAUUUUAUAGGUUGCAAGUACAUGAAUCCAGAUAUGCUCUUCAAAUGAAACAACUGAUAUUUAUGUAUGUGUAGUUAAAUGAAAUUAAAUUUGUAGCUUCUGUUUAACCCAGCAUGAUUAUUACCACUCUGUGUCCAUCAGGGAUCUCCUGCUGAGAGACAACCUGUUUGAGAUCAUCACCAGCUCCAGAAUCUUCUACAUUCAGGUAAAAACACUGUUGAACUAACCGGUCCAGGUCUAAGGAACAUGAACCAAACUGGCUGAAGAGACUUAAUAACUGAUUAUUUUGUUGGUCAGAGCAGAGCCAGUUCAUGUUCCCAGCUGUUUAUAUACAGAUGUUUCCCUCUGAAUGCUCUGCUGCUGAUGUGUGGCACAAACAUGAAAAGUUUGUUUUUUGGUGAAACAUGAGCAGCCAUCUGUUACCAUAACAACAACAACAACAUCCUGCCCACCAGUCACCUGGGAGCACAGCUGACUGAGAUGUUAAAGGUUUGAUUUGAUGGAAAAUAAUAGGAGAGUGAAAAAAAAGAGAGGGAGAGAGAGAAACUUCAAGCUUGAAACCUUUGGAUGAAAGAAAGAAAGCCCAGCUGUUAUUACAGAAACUGAAACAAAAAAAAAAUCGAUAAAAUGAAAUGAAACUGAGACUUAUAUCACAGCCCACACCAAGGAGAUGUUGAUCUGAAGUUGUAUUUCUAUCAACAGCUCAUAUGAUAGUAUUUUUAGCUGAUUGCAACAUGUUCUUGUGGUUCUUUCAUCAAACCUUUAAAUCAUUUGAGAAAAAGAAAUCACAAAUGCAGUCACUGUGGAGCACCUGCAGCCUCUCAGUUUCUAACCUUAUGACCCAUGCAGUGAUCUGAGUGGGUCUAGAUGCUUUCAUAGUAAAACUCUGUGCUGAUUGGCUGAGGGGGUUGCAGGGCAGUCUAGACAAAGGAAGCAGGGGAAGAAAAACAGCCCAAAAAAAGAAAAAGCAUGGUGAGUCCUCCAGGAGAACCCGUGCCGGUACACUGCACAUGUGAUCUAAAAUCUAUCCCUGAAUAUGAGGAAGCAGCUGUUGGAGUGCUGCAGCUGUGGUAACAACAGCUCUGAGGUUAAAACUGCUGUUCGAGGUGUUAGCACAAAUGCGCAAAUUAGCACCAGCUGCGGAAGUACAUCGUCAAAAAUAUAAGUAACCUAUGUUUUCUGUUGUAGAUGUGUAUAUUAUUGAUUAUAUUGAUUUAUCUUGACAGGUUGAGUUGCUCUAACUGAAAUAAGAGGACUAACGCUGCGUUCAAGUUACUCUGGAAGUCAGAAGUCUGAGCUGGGAAUGACGUCACACCCAAGUUACCAGCGUUUCAGUUACCAAGUUGGAAAAAAGAGGCGGAAACAAGAUGGCUACAUCUACGAAAGUUAUUUUAGUGCUUGCGGGUAUAAGCAAGGACUUUCGUAGAUGUAGCCAUCUUGUUUCCGCCUCUUUUUUCCAACUUGGUAACUGAAACACUGGUAACUUGGGUGUGACGUCAUUCCCAGCUCAGACUUCUGACUUCUGAGGUAACUCGAAUGCAGCAUAAGCUACAUUAAAUCUUGACUACAUAGAUUAUACUUGAUGGCAGAGUGCAUUUGUAUCAGUCUUUCUAUAAUAUUUGUUGAUUGUUGAAGAAUAUUUAUGACAAACUCCCACCGCUUAACUAAAAGUUGUCUUUUGGUAAUAAUUCUUCAUAGACGGACUCUCCAGAGGAGAUGCAUGGCUGGAUCAGGGAUGUUGAGACGAAGAUCCAGGACUUCAGAGGUCCUCCUAAGGUAAAUCUAAACUCUAGUCGUGAUAGCACAGAAAAAGCAAAAACGAUUGACCAAAUUAUCUCUUCUCACAAUUUUUAUGUGAAGAACGGAAAUUCUGAUGGUUUCUCUGCCUAAUUUCAGGGUUUUUCAUUCAAACGGGCGUCCUCGCUCUAUCGAAGUCACAACUCCUCAUCAUCCCGAGGUCAUCAUGGAGACGAAACAAGAUCCAGACCUCCUCUGGUAAAGUCCUGCUCAGUGAAUCCAGGCUGGCAGCCCUGGAUGCCGGUUCCACCAUGUGAGCCUUCAAUCCCGGAUGUAGACGAUGAAGACAGCCCCUUCAGCUCUGUGCCCACUUUACCUUCUCUCUCAUCCUCCUCCACCUCUUCCUCCACCUCGUCCUCUUCCAACUCACUCUCCACCCCAGCCCCUUGCCCCAGCGUGCCUCCUGGUGCUCCCACCAGUGGACUGGGGAUCCUCACAGCAUCAGGGGAUGCGGCUUGUGGGCGCAGAAGGCACCGCUCACAGCCCCAGCCUCACAGCGGCUGCAACUUCCCCUUUAGCCUGGAUGAUGACGGCAUCCGCACCACUGAUGUCUAAUCCGAUGAAGUCUUAAGUGUUGGUACGUACCUGCUUUGAAAUGACUGUGACUGGUUAUGCUAGUAUUCCCUGCAAAUGAAGUGUCACCAUUACCGCCUGCCAAGAGGCCAUGAUGUGAGAUUGGGGCCCUCUGCUGGUCAUGAAGCCGUUCUGCAGACGAAGGAUGCACCCAGCUGAAGGAGGACCAAGAAAGGGUGCAGUGUAUGUUGCUCACAGGACUGUGAAGAAAUGUAAUGGAGUGUUUUUAAGUGCAACUUCCUCUGAAAACUUGAAUAACCUUGUUGUUAAUUGUCCCUGCAUACAAAUUAUGGCACAUGCUUUUAAUCUAUUGCACUUGGCUCCAGCUGGAGAUGUUACCCUGCCAUAAAAAAAAAGAAAAAAACAUUUACCUACAUCUGUUUUACAGAAUUUACAAAGUGUUUUUAGAGAUUUUUACUCAUUAGCUUCCACUAUUUUUAUACUCAAGCUUAUGUCCAUUUAGGUCAAUUCAGUUUCUCUGGAGCUCAGCAGUUUCACCCCCUUUUAUCUGAAACGCAUUAUUUGAAAAGUUACACAUCAGUUUCCUCUUAUCAAAAAUUAACAAGUGUUUUAUUAUUAGGAUGCAAUCAGGUAUCUGGGGGGACAGUGUUGGUCUCAUACUAAAAAAGGUACACAGUCAUUUCUGCUGUCAACAGGCUCCUCUUUUGUCGCAGAAAGAGUGCAGAGUCAGCAGCAGCUUUUAUGUUUGAGCUUUUAUUAAUUGCCUGAAGAUCAAUCGUAAGUAAACUGUGACUUCUCUUAGCUUCCAACAAGGUACCACAAUAAUACUGCAGUGUUUGUAGUUGGUACUUUUUUUUAUUAGAAUGUACUGCAUACAGUAAAGUACAGCUGAUCAGCUGGUUGACAGCUUUGUUAAUGUGAUUUUCUUCUUGCAGCAUUACUUGGGGAAAAUGUGCCACUACUUAUGGACAUUUAAAUGUAAUUCGACACUUUGCUUUUCUCCUUUUCUCCCAGCAGACAUUACAGCUCCCGCUGAUUUGAUACUGGAGAUACUUUGUGUUGUUACAUCAGUAGUCUCCUCUCAGGUGCACCUCAAGGCUUUAUUGAUGUGGUACCAUGUUUAUUUCUGUUUCCUAAAGCUGUGCGCACUCUUCUGUCUGCAAACAAUGUUAAAGUCCCUCUCUUGUACAUUAAAUGCUGCUUUUUAUGUGU